UGUCCGCUGGUGUGAGUGAGCUUCAGGAGAGAAAUGUCUACAUGGAUAUUAACGUCUUUGUCUAACUGGGAGUGUGUCCUAUCUUCGGCGGUUAUGAUGUUGAUUACUGAAACGAUCGGUGUUAGGGCACACAGGUGUACAGUUAUCGAACGUCCCACAUUGUAUUCUUUAAUGUUGCCUUUAUCUGGUCUUUCUACUAUUGUGGACCGUCCACUUCCAAGUCUACCGUGUAGCUGUGUUGCAAAGUGUAAGAAUAUAUCCGAUGUACAGCGAGACGUUUGGCACUAACGUCAUAGCUCCUGUCACAUGUUACACGUCACAUGUUUUUUUUUACCAGUCUUGCUCUACAUACCUGUAAGUUGACUUCUGAAAUGUUUGUCUGAGUGACAGGACGUCCUGUGGAUCCAGUGCUUAUAAAAUCCGUCAUGCUACAGCGCAUAGACAUAGAGCCGGUCGUCCAUUGCUAUAAAGACUUGUCUUUCACUCCUUUGCUCCUAUCACUUUUCACAAAGGCACUCAAAAGUCGACGUAUAAAAUAUACAUAACGAAAUAUACAUAACAUUAUGUCGUUUGACAUUGGCAGUGACAGCUUUAAUGAGUAUGAAAAAUGCCCAUCCUUGUGUACGAACCUAAUUCUACCAGAGGGACAAUAAGGGUUGAGCAGUUUGUGUACAUUUAGAGAGACAAGGUUAAGAUGGUUUGGACAUGUGUGGGGGAAGAAAUUUCAAAUAUAUUGGACAAAUGAUGGUGGUGGAGUUUGAGCUGCCGAGCGAGUAAAAAAAAAGAAAGAAAAGAGGACAUGGAGGUGGUUGGUGUAACAGUAGAGGAGGGAGUAAGAUAAUGUAAGAUGAAGGCGAGUGUAAUCCAUUUUACUGGAGAAAAGCCAUGAGAAUGACUAAUACCUGUGAAAUAAACACAGUAAGCUUCUGUUGUGAUUUACUUUUGUUUUCCUUUUUUUUUUUUUUGCCAUUUUCUCUAGUCUGCGUGUCCAGUAAAUAGGGGAACUUUACUAGCGUGACGGUUGUUAUACAGUACAUUUUGAGUAAGCUACAUUGACAAUAUUUGGAGUGCAAUUUGCACAACAACAUUUUAAAUACUACAGAUCCUGUUAGUUAGUUUACUUUGACCAAAAAGUGAGCUUUUGAGACUGGUCGUUGUCUAGACUUCGGUAGUUGCGUUUGUUAACAUGAUAAAGGCAGAGAGACAAAAAAUAGGAAACAGUUUAGCAGCUAAUAUGAAGAGGCUGAGUGAGAAGAGGAACUGAAAAUUCUCAUAUCCUUUGUGACGGCUACGUGACUUUACCGCAAGUGUUGAAAUCGUGUUUGGUUUUUUACCCUCCACUAAUAACCUUUUACUAUAUAAUUAAUCGAGGGAAAUUAAACCAUGCCAACUGUCCAAUGUCUGUUUGAUUACUAUAUCAGGUAAGGUUCUUAUAAUGAAGGUUAAACAUUUGUUAGAUCUUGAAUCACCUUCACUGAGUCCAAAGUUACCAUGUUUUUUUUAGGUAAUGUCAGCAUUGGGUCUAGUUGGUUUGAUGUGCUAAUUUUGUUUUAUAUUAGAAUUCAUCUUUCAGUGAAUAGAUUAUGCAGUGAUUAUUACAGCAGAAGGUUUCAUGGCUGUUCAGUAGAUUCUUGGAUAUUUCGAGAUUUACUAAGCUGCUCAGAAUUUGUAUUUUGUAAUUAAAACAUCUGAUCGGAAGUCAGCUGCUGAAAAUGGCCAGUUAUUUUUUAUUUUUUUAUUUUACAUUUCUUGUCUUACGUGGUGAUGGACAUAGCUUUUUUUUUACUUGCAGAUGUCUAAGAUUAUUCUCUGGAUAUUAAAAAAAAAAACAUUCAGGUUUUUGAUGAUGCUCAAGAACUCUGCUCGAGAAGAUUUUCGACGAGAGCUCCGGUCGUGGGGCACGUCUCUGCGCAGGCGUCUUAUACGCAUGCGCCUUGCUGACACACCAGCAAUCCCUGUGAGGUGGAGAUUGCAUCCUGGCCACUGUACCCAGGCUCAAAGAUAGGAAGAUUUGAAUCCCCGAGAGGGAUAAAUCAGUCGGAAAUACGGGAUACCGAGAAUAAUCGGGUUGAAUGAAACGUUUGAUGAGUGACGUAUGGGAUGGACUCUUUGCUUGUUUCAGCGGCUUGACAUUUAAAACGACGGCGGGACCGGGGGGCGAAGAUGCCUCCUAAUGGAAGACAACAGGGUUUGACAUCUGCUGGGCUCAGCGUAGGCAGCAGCAGGGCCAAAUGAGCAGCGAAGUAUUAGACGUUUCAGGCAGAGUUGUCCUUCGUGGAUGAUCGCCUCUUCGGUAAUUUCUUUUCAUCCUAACCGCGCGUGUCGUGUCCUGUGGAGUGACCUGGCCUCUGCCGCUGUGACGUCUUGCUGUGGUUUACGGCGUGGAUUAAGGUUCACACUUGUGCGUUAAUGGUUUGGCAUUAAUUGUGGUAAAUCAGUUACCUACCGGUGGAGAAUUAAAUGCGCGUAAAUACCGCAGGGCUUUGUACUGCGACCGUUAAGACGUAGUCAUCGAUACUAGUUAAAUGAAUGACAUGUUUUUGACAGGAACCACAGAUGAUUGUUAAAAACAAGUCCCUUUUUUUUUUAUUCAUUCAUUUAUUAAUAUCAUGUCACUAAAACAGCAUCAUUUCUAAUGUCUCAUAUUUUCUGAUAAAAUAAUUACCUACUCCUAAAGACAUGCUUCAAAGUCAGCUAUAUUGUUUAAAUUAAACAAAAAACAAAAAACAGGUUAAGUACCACCGGCUGAUGUAUUUUCUUUUUUCUAAUGUUAAAAUUUAAACUCUGCAAAUAUGAGGAAUAUCCUUUUAAAAAAUGGAGAAGUGAAAAUUGCCACUACGAUGUCCUGCUGCUAAACUGCCACAGCUUUUUAAUCACAUUCAUAUCACAUGCGCAAGUUUGCCAAGAGCCUUUCAAGGGAAUGCGUUGCGCUCCACUGCUUUCAUAACAGAAGAUAUAUGUCCUGCACAAUGUUCUGUGUAUCAGUAUCUGUGUUUGUGGACAUCGAAAUCCCAGACAUUCCCUGCACUCUUGCCUCCCGAAGUCUUUCUUUUCUUAAUGUGAAAUGCGGUUGAGAUGCUUUUAGGAUGAUUUUCGGAAACAGGAUUCUUCUGUACAAGUGCACCGCUGCUUUUGAUGGACUUCUGAGCAUGUUGGAAGAAAAAAGGGACUCGGGCGAGGCAAGGCACUGCGAGGGCUUCUGUCCAUGGAAUUAUCAUCAGGAAUAAUAUGUGGCUUUCGCAAAGAUUCAGUGCUGACAAGAUGCAUCGCACUCGGGAACUUUGAAUCCUCAAAAGUAGGUGCUGAAGCAGACACGUGCAAAGAGGAGGUUUGCAGCAGAUAUAUAGAUCCUGCUCUUGAGGCAAACAACACAAGCAGAUUUAUCUAUCAUAACGUAACCAGAUACUGUGAUGGGAAGCUCAGCCUCAUCUCUGAAUGCACAGACUGACUCGGACCAUGGCUUCCGCAGUGGCACGUACUCAACAUCACACAAUGUGGGAUGGCUCAGGAACAGCCACAGCAGCCCUGUGUGGGGCAGCACCUUCAUCACACGUCAGCAGCAUCAGCAUCUGCCCCGCCCACAUCGAGAGCGCAGCUAUUCUCACUCUUCCGGCUCCAUGGCAGCAGCAGUCCGGGCCAGUGAGUGGUCAUGUGGGCGCUGUACCUUCCUAAAUGCUGGUGCUGCACCCCGCUGUUCCAUUUGUGAGGCACCACGCCAGAAACCUGACCUUAACCAGAUCCUGCGAUUGAGCAGCACCGAGGAGCGUCGGUGGGCUUGUCCCAAGUGCACCCUCAACAAUUCCCAGGGUUCUGGUGCCUGCUCCGUCUGCGGAUUCGAGCAGUCUCUCGCGACUCCUAUCACCCCAAUAGCAGUCAAAGCAAAUAACAUCCCUACUGCGGCCGUCCAACCCCAGGCACCGACGCUCACUGCCGCAGCCCCACCUGAGCCGCAAGGACAGCACCACGCUAAAAAGGAAACGCUGCAACCACCGGAAAACAACGGAGCUGUGGACGUCCUUAUCGUGCAGCACUCGGGCUGGGCUUGUCCUCGAUGCACUCUCCACAACACACCCGUGGCUUUGUCGUGUUCGGCCUGUGGUGGACCCAGGAAACUGUCAUUGCCUAAAAUUCCACCUGAGGCGCUCGUGGUGCCUGAGGUGCUCACGCCAGUGUUGGGAUUCCCAGUGGACACAGCGGGGGCUACCCCACUUCUCAUAGACUUAACAGAUGACUCUCCGCCUGCCCCUCCCUGUGAUCCUCAAGAUUCUUCCCAUGCUUCCUCACAGUCCCUCUCUUCGCCAUUCGCCUUUUCCACACUCCAGAACAACCCUGUGCCCCGCAGCAGGAGAGAGGUGCCCCCUCCCGUGCGUUCACCAAACACAGGCACCGUCGUUUCCAGCCCAACUUCAACAUCAGCAGUUACUGUGCCUCCUCAGUCGGUCCCUCAGCGGCCAUCCAAGCCCAAACAUGCCCAACCCCAGGAGCCCUCACACCCGAGCAAACGCCUUAGCAUCUUGGAGGAGGAAGACUCUCAGCAUCACUCACUGAAACCUCACUCUAACAUUUCUUCCUCUGUCGGUGCAUCCUGGAAGUGUUCCAACUGUUUGUCGCCUAACCCCGGUAGCUCAUCUAAGUGUGAAUCCUGCCGAUCAUCACGGGCAGGUUCUGACCUUAUUGACCUCGUAGGUUGUGAGACAGUACGAUUUACCCCAGCCAGCACCUCCAGCCCUGAUUUUAGCAUCUGGGCCUGUUCAAAGUGCACCCUGCGCAACCCUACAGGCGCAGCUAAGUGCUCUGCUUGCGGUUCUUCAAAGCUCCAUGGCUUUCAGGAACAGCAGACGGCCCAGUCCCGCUGCUGUACACAUUGUGGCCUCUGGUUAGGCUCCGGUACGCCGUCGUGUUUGUGCUCAUCUUCGUCCUCGUCAAACUCCUCAGGUCAGAAAACGAGAAAACAGAAUCGUGGCUUCCCUUCCUCCAACCCUGCUGCUGCUGCUGCUGCUUCCUCCUCCAACGUAUCCUCCACAUCCUCGUGUUCGUCCACCUCAUCAAAUCUGCAGGAGAAGAUCGGGCAGUGGAGCUGCCCUGCCUGUACGCUUCUGAACAACGUCAAAGCCAAGAAUUGUGCGGCCUGCCACACACCCCAACAGUACCUCACCCUCCGCAAAGUUAUGAAGCCCUUGAAGAGGAGAGAGAGCAUGCAUGUUGAGGCACGGAGACAAAAUGAUGAAGGCGAGGCCAAAGAGCUGUGGGAAAACAUUGUCAGCUUUUGCAGAGAGAACUCUGUGAACUUCGUUGAUGACAGUUUCCCUCCGGGGGCAGGCUCUGUGGGCUUUCCUGACGGCGACAGUGUCCAGCAGCGAAUCAAGAAGUGGCUGCGCCCGCAUGAGAUCAACUGCAGCAACUUUAAGGACCGGAGUGUCAACUGGUCCGUGUUUCGUACACCGCGGCCCUCUGACAUCCUUCAAGGUCUUCUGGGAAACUGCUGGUUCCUAAGUGCUCUGGCAGUGUUGGCCGAACGUCCUGAGCUGGUAGAGAGGGUGAUGAUCACCCGAACCAUCUGUCCAGAGGGGGCCUACCAGGUACGUCUAUGUAAAGAUGGCACGUGGACAACGGUACUAGUGGACGACAUGCUGCCCUGUGACGACUAUGGAUACCUCCUCUUCUCCCAGGCUCAAAGGAAACAGUUAUGGGUUGCACUGAUUGAGAAGGCCCUUGCUAAAAUCCAUGGCUCCUAUUUUGCCCUGCAGGCAGGGCGCGCCAUAGAGGGCCUGGCCACACUGACUGGCGCUCCUUGUGAUUCACUCAUGCUACAGGUCAGCUCUACUAACCCCCGAGAGGAGCCAAUUGAUACAGACCUCAUCUGGGCAAAAAUGCUCAGUUCUAAAGAAGCUGGGUUUCUGAUGGGUGCAUCCUGUGGAGGAGGCAACAUGAAGGUAGAUGAUAAUGUCUAUGAGUCCUUAGGAUUGCGCCCUCGACAUGCAUAUUCCAUUUUGGAUGUACGCGAUGUCCAGGGUUACAGAUUGUUGAGAUUACGUAACCCCUGGGGUCGCUUCUCGUGGAAUGGAAGCUGGUCGGACGAAUGGACAGAGUGGCCACAACACUUGCGUCAUGAGCUAAUGGCUCAUGGCAGUAGCGAAGGUGUCUUCUGGAUGGAAUAUACUGACUUCAUAAAGUACUUUGACUCAGUGGACAUUUGCAAGAUCCACUCCGACUGGCAAGAGGUCCGGUUACAGGGCUGCUUCCCCUGUAAGGCCAGUGGACCAAUCACUGUCACUUCCCUGACUGUGUUGGAAAGAACGGCAUUGGAGUUUGCUCUGUUCCAGGAGGGAAGCAGGCGUUCGGACACAGCUGACAGCCACCUGCUGGACUUGUGCAUCAUGGUGUUUCGAGCCUCUUUUGGAAACAGCAACAAGCUAACACUGGGUCGCCUCUUAGCCCACAGCAAGCGGGCGGUGAAGAAGUUCGUGGGCUGCGAUGUCAUGCUGGAGCCAGGAGAGUACGCUGUUGUCUGCUGCGCGUUCAACCACUGGCAGAUGAACGUUGGAUCCACAAGCGGAGCGUCACCAAUCUCCAGCCCCACCAGUGGAGGAGGACAGCGGCCAAACCAUGACUUCCCUGGCUAUAUACUCGCCCUCUAUAGCUCUCGACAGGUGAUGGUGGAGCAGGUGGAGGCGAGCCCCACCACGCUAGCUGACGCCAUCAUCCUUCUAACUGAAAACAAAGGGGAACGACAUGAGGGACGUGAAGGUAUGACGUGUUACUACCUGACUCAUGGAUGGGCUGGGCUCAUUGUUGUGGUGGAAAAUCGCCACCAUAAAUACUACCUCCAUGUUUCCUGCGACUGCACUGACAGCUUCAAUGUGGUGUCCACACGAGGCAGCCUUAAGACCAUCGACAGCGUCCCUCCGUUGCAUAGGCAAGUGCUGGUUGUGCUUUCACAACUCGAAGGAAAUGCUGGUUUUUCUAUCACACACCGUCUUGCUCACCGCAAAGCAGCACAGGCGUCUUUGGGAGAUUGGACACCUACUAAAGCCACCCACAGCCCACAGCUGACCUCUGACAUUGAUGGCCUGCAUCGGCCCCGGCCGCUAUGACGACCGAUUCUUUUUUUUAAUUUUUAUUUUUAUUUACAAAAGCACUCUAAUCUAUUGAAGUGUCAAAACCACUGGAAACACCAGGAACAGGGUGUGUUGUCAAGGACACGGAGGAAGAAGAACCUUUGCGUGUCUUUUUUUUUUUUGUUUAACGGGCACAUACUGUACAUGGUGAGCAUGAAUGAGUAGCAUCUGUGCUUUUUUUUAAAAAAAACCUAUUUCCUUAGAAAUGCUGACGUCUUUAUCCAGCCAUUGUGCACUCUGUCCCCUGCCAAGUGGACGUGCCAUGUGAAGGAUGAAAUGAGGGUAGUCGACCACGAGGAGCAACCAUUGAUGUUCUUGUAGUACAAGACUGUUUUGGCAUCUCGAAACCCACCUCAUACUUACUAAUUGUGGAGGUUUUCUGUAGACACACUGUAUGGUGAAUAUUUUGUCCGGGGCUCAAAUGAAUUUGCCUGGAGAUAAGCCUGCUCAGAAAGAGGUCCAUAAAAGCCAAGUCAGACUGCUGUAUCUACUGAGCCAUUCACUGGCCUGUAACUUAAGAGCCAAUCAUUUAAAACCAUCACAAAUUUAACCCCUCUGUCGUAUUGUGUGUGGACUUCUAAUAAAGUGGGAUACAUCUCCUUUCUUACCAUGUCAGUAAAAGGGCUGUCACUUUUUAUGUGAACCAUAUAUCUGUGAGGGGGACAGCUGUUGAGUUGCUCUGAAUAUGAUUGACAACACACAAGUGUUCAAAUGUCACACACAAGCAUUAACCCUUUCGUGCAUGACGGUCACUACAGUGGACAGCUAUUAAAAUGUCUUUUUCUAAGAUAAGAAUAGGUUUUGAUGGCAGUGUUGCAUAUAAGCCUCUACAGUGGAUUCUCAGGUGUCCACUGUAGUGACCCUCAUGCAUGAAAGGGUUAACUGUGUUUUAGGUUUUCACACCUGAAAUAUCAAAAUGCCUUCUAAUCUGUUGCUUUUAUAAUAGGGUUGUCCAAUAUUAACUUUUUGCCGAUAUUGUCCAAACACCUCAUUUCUGUUUCUGAUAUUAACCGAUAAUACCGAUAAUAUUUGCAGCAGACUACUUCACAUAUUUCAUUGUGUGAAGUGGUGUACUGUGUCACUUUGACAAAAAUGGACUUAACUGAAAGAGGGCGGGGUCAGGAGCAGAUAGAUGGAGCAUUGGUGUGAAAAAAGAUAAAUGACAUGUAAAAGUCAUGCAUAAAGGCUAAAAUGCCUUUAUCAUUUUCUAUGCCAUCUAGUGGGGAGAUGUGGGUAUUUGUACAGUCGGGAUUACUGUUUAGCUAAAUUAAACCAAUGAUUUACUUAAUUUAGCUGUUCUUGCUCCGGCAGUCUACUCUGGUAAAUAAUGACAAAACUUCGAAGACUCACAACACGGAUUCAUAUUUUAAGGAAGUAAUGUAGGUAUGUGGGGAAGUGGUGGUAAUAUAUAUUUACAAAUGUUCUAUCAAAUUGUUUAUAACGUUUUAUCAAAUUGAGUGUUGGUGAAAGUGACAGCCCUACCCAACAUGGUACUCUUUGAGCCGAACGCAAGUUCCAGAUUCCCGAUUGUUGUAUGUAUUUCUUUAAAGCACCUUUCUGACUAAAUUGGAAGUGGUUUAUUACACUGUUUAUGUCGGUUUUGUACCCUCAUUUGUGUUUCUGAGAUGCAGGAAAAGCCAUCUUUGCGUAAUUACUGUCUAAGUCAGCACAGUGCUAGCUAGCGCCAAAGCAUCUGUCUAGCACCCAAAAAGCUCAGGACCAAAAUCACAAUAUGUACAGUGAAUUUUAGUGUACUGUAGCAAGGCCUCAGGCCUGUUUCACGACAAGUAGGUGGUUUCUUUCCAAACUCUUAAAGGAAUUUUUUUUUUGUCUUUUUAAAUGUGGUUGUGUAUUUGCACAUAAUCAGUACUAAGAUUUGAGUGGUAGUCACCAUUUACAUAAACACGUACUCUUGUGAAAAACCUGAUUGGCCACGUAACAAUUAUUUCAGUUGAUCCUUUUUUUUUGGAUUGCCAUUCUUAAAAAAUCUGCCUCCAUCUCACCUUGUUUCUCGACUUCUGUAUUGUUACAUAGACUGUUCGGUCUUCUCUAAGGUUUUCUUCUCAUUCUCCUGUCUUUGCAGCUCCAAAUCUAUCAUCCUUACCUUUUUGGUUCUUACAUACUCUUAUCUUGGCUGUCCUUGUCACUUAAAAAUAAAAACUAAACAUCUUCAACUCUG